UCACACAUCUUCUGCAUGCUGAGAUGGGGGAGCCCUAUCUUUAAAGACCUGAAUCAGGUGCCCAAAGUAGCACUGCAAACUGUAGUGCAGGCUGGCUGGGCUCUCUGUCUCUUCUGUCACUGGUCUGUAAAGUCACUUUCCCUCCCCAGUCUAUAUAUGUGUGCAAGCAGAGUGAAGGACAAUGUUCUUUCUGCCUCGCAGAUCUGCUCUGCAAACAGAGCUGCAUCCAUGGGCUUUUUACACGUGCAUGAAGUCCCCUGCCCGCACUCUAACAUUGCAUGGGAUUACAGGUCUUCCUAGCUUGCAUCUCUCCCUGCUAAAUUGCUAACUUUGACAGAGAGCUAACUCUAUGCUACUAAGUGUGCUCUGACAAAAUGUUCUGAUAUAAAACAGCAUCAAAGUGUUUGGAAUGCUGCUGGAUUUUCCCCCUGCACAGGAUAUAAAAGAAAAGAGAGAUUUUUAGCCCUGUAAGAUUAAACAAUCAUCAUGGCUUUAAGGGCUUAAUCUGCUGGCAUGCAUGCUGCUGGCUUAUAAAUCUCUGAGUGUAAUUGGAUGCAGCAUCGCAUUCGGUUGUGUGGGCUUCUCCAGGGCUUUCUGUUUGUUUGUUCAUUUAUAGCAGGCUGCAGAGCAGCAGCAUUCUUCCCCUUGAGAGGCUCUUGGCCAUGGAGCCGUAAAGCUGUGCCCCCAGCCAGGAUUUCGGCAGCACCUCGCUGGAUCCCACUACCCAGGGAGGGAAGGGGGGGGCUGGCUGCAUGAAUUCGGGCUAUUGUUCCAGGCGCACAUCUGCCUUCAGAAAUAGCACGGCACAGGCCGUUACUUAUUCAGAUGCAGAAGCUCCUUCCAUCCCACAAGCCGGCCCAUUCGAGUCACAUGCCAGAGGUCUCAGCAGAAUGGGCUGCAGCUGCUUCAAAUCUGCUGUCUAACAUCAGAAGCAGUUGGACAAACUGUGCUGCGCUGACGGCAGUGAGCCUGCCGGGUGCCGGGGAAGACAGGGAAAAGAUCUGGGACCCGAGUGCGAUGUUCUCGGAGGAUCUGUGGCUGGAAAAUGAGAAAAGCUGUGCUGUCGUCCACAAGUCGAAGCGGGGAAGGAAGCGCCAAGAGCUCCUGGCCGUGGCCCUGGGGGUGAAGGUGGGAGUGAAGGGGGCACUCCUGUGGCAACCUCUGAAACUCUUUGCCUAUUCGCAGAUCACCUCCUUGGUCCGAAGAGCAGCCUUAACUCAAAACGACAACCAUUUCAACUAUGAAAAAGCACACAAUUUUAAGGUCCACACGUUUCGAGGUCCACACUGGUGUGAAUACUGUGCCAACUUCAUGUGGGGUCUCAUCGCUCAGGGAGUAAGGUGUUCAGACUGUGGGUUGAACGUACACAAACAGUGCUCCAAGUACGUGCCCAACGACUGUCAGCCCGACCUCAAGAGGAUAAAGCGUGUCUACUGCUGUGAUCUGACCACACUGGUGAAAGCCCAUAAUACCCAGAGGCCAAUGGUGGUGGAUUCCUGCAUUCGAGAGAUUGAAGCAAGAGGUUUGAAGUCGGAGGGCCUCUACAGAGUCUCAGGCUUCACUGAGCACAUUGAAGAUGUGAAAAUGGCCUUUGAUCGAGAUGGUGACAAGGCUGAUAUUUCUGCCAGUAUUUAUCCAGACAUAAACAUUAUUGCUGGAGCACUGAAGCUGUAUUUCAGAGACUUACCAAUUCCUGUGAUCACCUAUGACACCUAUUCCAAGUUCAUAGAGGCAGCAAAAAUCUCCAAUCCUGAUGAACGACUAGAAGCAAUACAUGAAGUGUUGAUGUUACUCCCUGCUGCUCACUAUGAGACACUUAGAUACCUAAUGAUUCAUCUCAAAAAGGUUACUUUGCAUGAAAAGGAGAAUUUUAUGAAUGCUGAAAACCUGGGAAUAGUGUUUGGGCCUACUUUAAUGAGACCUCCAGAGGACAGUACCUUGGCUACUCUGAAUGACAUGCGGUACCAGAAGCUAAUUGUGCAAAUUUUAAUAGAAAAUGAAGAUGUUCUCUUUUAGACAAAUAUGGGCACAUCUUCAAAACCACUUGUUUUAAAAUGAUUAGUUUGAAGGGAAAACAACAUUUCUUUAAUUUUUUUUUUUUUUUUAAAUAAAGGAGAACUUCCUUGGCUGCACUUCAAUUUCUGCAAAGCUGCAGAUGGAUGCCAAAAUGUUUAGGGAAAGCCUGUGUCUCAUAGACAUAUGCCUCUUUGUAGAAGGGGGAAAAAAAGGUCAGAAAAAAUCCUCUCACCUUGUAUCUUUUGCCUUGCCUCGGGUGUAUAUUUGUUUUGAGAAGCUGCAAGCAAUUUUAUUGUUAACUUAUUAAGAAACACAAAACGUAUUUUAAUAUGGCUAGAGAAGCAAAAAGGUACUUAAUCAGCAUUAUUUGUAUACAGCUAUACAUUUCCCUCUCCAUAAGACAUAAUUAUAUAUGUCAAUUGUGAAACAAAACCUAUAUUAUAAAGAUAUUUUUACUUUAUCUAGCUGAAAGAAUGGCAUUUUAUUUUAGCAAACUACAAAUCAAUGCGGUGCAUUGAUUGUUUUCCACAUAAUUCUUUCCUGCAUUUUUGCUAUGAUAUAUUGAAAACAAUUACCACGAAUGCAGUAUUAUCCUGACAUACCUCUUUCAUGGCAAAUGUUUUAAAGGAGAAUCUUCUUUUUCUUGUGUGUAUUCCAACUUUCCUUAGGUUUCUUUGCAUUUAGGCACUAGCAUUCCAAGACUGUGUAGUACACUUUUAACCAUUUUGUAUUUCUCAAAACAUACAGUAUUUUCUCUUUUUUGUUUUGGUUUUUUUUUUAAUCCCAUAUUAAAUAUGAUAUUGAGAAUUUUCAAAAGUUCUGGUGGUAGUAUCAGUUUCACAUGCCAGAUAUUUUUUAAAUUAUUAUUUCAUUAAUAUGUAAGUUAAGUGAUGCUGGGACACUGGAUAUUUUCUGGCCUUGUUGAAAAGUCAGCACUUUUUUGCGUUAAAUAUGAAGGAUUUGGUUUUUCUGUAAAAAUCAAGCUAUGUUUUGUCAUGUUUCUGUAUUUAUAAGUGUACAGUAAAUCUCCUGAAAAUGUAGGAUAUUUCUCUUGAAUGUGUUCCAGAUGGUUUGUUGUUUGUCUUUGUUUUUUUAAAAAGAGGACAAAAAAACACAAGAAUAUGGAAAUGUGGAAGUCGGUAAUUUUAAUUAUUACCAAAUUUUAAUAUUUUUCUCCCCUCACAGACAUUGACUACAGAGUUCAUAGUCUAACUGCAACUUAUCCCUAAUGUUAAAACUGUUGCUCAGCAUGAGAUGUUUCUGCAAGUAUAGAAAAUCAGCAUACUUUACUACCAAACUCAAUUUUCAAUACAAAAGAAAAUAUAAUAAUCCCUCAUCCUGAUCGUUUGUAUGAUAUGGUGGGUUACUCAGUUUCCUGAAUUAUUUCAGGGAGCACAUGUUUCUAUUCAAAUUGAAAAAAAAAAUACAUGUAACUAUGAUAAUGAAGGAAAGUGGAGGGUAUUAUUGUAAAUUUGUUGUCUUCUAGAGAAAUAACUAAGGGCUAGAUAGAUUAACCCAGAUUGCAGAGCAAAUGCUAAAUAGUCUGAGUUCCCAAUACUUCUAUAGAUCCUCCUGACUUGUACAGGACUAUUCGUUGUAGGUUAUGUACUACUUAAUACUGUCAUAAAAAUGAUCUGGAAAUGGUUUUAUUUUGUGAAGUGAAAUAUGCUUUGUAAUUUAUGAUAGUGUAAAUGGAAGGAAAAUCCCAUUAAAUGUGUUAAAGAGUU